ACUGCGGACACAGUACAGAUGACCAGAGACUGCAGACAGUACAGAAGAUGAUCAGAGACUGCAGACAGUACAGGAGAAGACCAGAGACUGCAGACAGUACAGGAGAUGACCAGAGACUGUGGACAGUACAGGAGAAGACCAGAGACUGCAGACAGUACAGGAGAAGACCAGAGACUGCAUACAGUACAGGAAAUGACCAGAGACUGCUGACAAUACAGGACUGCCAACACAUUUGGAAACUCAGGAAGUGCCCAAGGGUCCGGGGUCAG